AUGGAUUAAUAUCAACCAAAUGAAGAGAAGUAAACAAGCAUUACAAAGCAAAUCAAUACUAUUCAUAGCAAUAUAAAUAAAAUUCAAAAUUCAAUAAUUGAUAAUAUUCCUUAAAUUCCACAAAAAAGCAAAGUUAUUAUAUUUUUAGGGUACUUUGAAAAUAAAUUUGAUUCUUUCUAUAGUCAUUUUGAGAAAAAAGAAGUCCUUUUAUGUGGAGACUAUUUUAAGUUGGUCAAAAUAGAAAAAAAAGGGAAAAUAAGUUAUUUAUUAUAUUUCCCUUCAAUAUUAUCGUAUGAAGAUCAAAAUGAUGAAAAAAUUGCCUAAAAUUUAUGCAUUUCAAAAAUUUAUGCUGAAUUAGUAUUAAAAAAAAUGGAAACUUGUUAUUUCUAUUUAAUUUUAGAUAUUUCAUAAUUAACAGGAGAUGAUGAUAGGGGAAAAUUAGAUAAUAUUGUUAAAGAUUCGAUUUUUUACUUCGGAUCUUUCUAUUUUAAAGAAAAAUAAUUUUUCUUUUUAAGAUAUCAACAAGAUGAUAAAUGGGAUUAUCACUAAUUUUCAAAAUAGUUUGCAUUAUUUUCUUAUUUUUAAAAGGAUAAAUAAUUGUAAAUUUAAACUUAUCGUGAUAAUGAAAUUUUGAAGACAAUAUUUAAAUCUAGUAAUUACACAAAGGCAAAGAAAGUUAAAUCCGAUGAUUAGAUUAACUAUGGAUAAAUGAUGACAUAUUUAUAAAUACAAUAAAGGUUUUUAAAGGAAUAGAUUAAUGAAGAUCUUAAAUAAUUUUAAAUAAUCCUCCUUCACUUAUAAUAAAUGCCAAUCAUCAAAAAUAAUUUUGCAGUUGUGGAGGAGGUUGAAAAUUAUUUAAAAGAAUUAUAAGCAGGUUUUAUGGAGGAAAAGAAUUCUCUAAAAGAUGAUGCUUCACAAAUUGUCUAGGUUUACAAUUUUAUUAAUAAAGUGAAUUAAGGGCAAAAUGCUUAAGAUAUAAAUAAGAGAUAACAAAAUUAAUUAAGUCCUUAAAUGGUACAAUUUAAGGAAGAAGUUAAAAUUUAAGAAUUAAAAAUUUAACCCUUACUUAGUGAUGAGGUGAUUUAUAAACUUUAUGAAAUAAUUAAAUUUUUCUAAAAAUAUCAUAAUAACAUAUUCAAAAAUGAGAAAAUAUUUGAAGUAUAAAAACUAACAUUAAAUCUUAAAUAAUGGUCUUCCAAUUGUAAUGAUACUUUAGAAAAUACGUUAUAUGAGCUAAAAUAUAUCACUUCAAGAAUAUAAGAUGGACCAUAAAAUAAAAUUGAAAACGCAAUCUAUUUUAUUGGUAUAACAAAAGUAGGAAAAUCAACCAUUAUUAAUUCACUUCUUAAUCCAGAUAACAUUAUUUAAGAAGACUUUGUAGGAUAAAAAUGUUAUGGAAAUAAAAAGGAAACAAAAUUUGCAAUUGGUAAAGGUGGAGUUAGUGAAACUCAAAAUAUCUAUGGAGUAUACAUUGGAAAAAGGGAAGAAGUUAAUUAAAUCUUUGAUUAAAAUGAAAAACAUGUUUUUAGUAUUGAAGAAAUAUUAGACAAGGAAUAAAUUCAAAAAUGUAAAAUACCUUAAAAAUAUUUCCU